AUGAAUCUGGCCAGACCUCAGCCAAGUGGCGAAGUCUGUGGCGUCUCUCGGAGCUCACUGGUACCAGGACAUCACAGACCCAGGCCCAGACGGGACCUGGAGUGCGGACCCCAGGGAGACCUCCUCAGCAUCUGUGGGGGCCGGCUCCGUGACCCCGACCGGCUGACGGACCAGGUCAAAAGCAGCCAUUUCCAGCCCUUCAGUUGUUUCACAUUCUCCUGUUUACCUACGCUCAACUCUGCAGACUCUCUUCGCAUCAUGGCGUCUGCGGGACUACAGAUUCUCGCCGUGUUUUUGUCCACUGUGGGCUUCCUUGGCGCCAUCAUCACAUGCGCCCUGCCCAUGUGGAAGGUGUCUGCUUUUAUUGGCAACAACAUUGUGACUGCUCAGAUCUUCUGGGAGGGCCUCUGGAUGAACUGUGUGAAGCAGAGCACGGGGCAGAUGCAGUGCAAAGUGUACGACUCCAUGUUGGCGUUACCGCAGGACCUCCAGGCCGCUCGGGCUUUGAUGGUCAUCUCCAUUCUGGUCACGGUCCUGGGCGUGCUGCUCUCACUCGCUGGAGGUAAAUGCACAAACUGUGUUGAAGAUGAAGCGACCAAAAGCAAAGUUGCUAUCGUCGCUGGAGUGUUCUUCAUCGUGGGGGGCCUCCUCUGUCUCAUCCCGGUCUCCUGGUCGGCCAAUGAGAUCAUCCGCACUUUCUACAGUCCCAUGAUGGUCAGUGCCCAGAAGAGGGAGCUGGGGGCGGCCCUGUUCAUAGGAUGGGGGUCUGCUGGGCUGCUGCUCAUCGGGGGAGGACUCUUGUGUUGUCAGUGCGAUCGGCGAAAGGACGGAAGGAAGCGAGCGGCCAAACCAGGAAGUGAGCAGUCGGAUCCUCCAAAGACCCUCCUCAGACCCUCCACAGACCCUCCUCAGACCCUGCUAAGACCCUCCACAGACCCUCCUCAGACCCUCCGCCGACCCCCCACAGACCCUCCUCAGACCCUCCGCCGACCCUCCACAGACCCUCCUCAGACCCUGCUAAGACCCUCCACAGACCCUCCUCAGACCCUCCGCCGACCCUCCACAGACCCUCCUCAGACCCUGCUCAGACCCUCCACAGACCCUCCUCAGACCCUCCUCAGACCCUCCUCCUCAGACCCUCCUCACCUCACCCCCUCGUGUGAGGGUCCGUGGGCUCCCAGCUGCUCUUCCGGGGGACUCCCAAUCGCGUGUGUAGAGUUUCCAACCUGCGCAGCUCAAAGAGAAACAGACGCUGUGAACUUGACAAUGAGUGAGGGAGAAGGCGAAGUGGGGGGACCGAGAGGAGAGGGACCACCCAACGGCUGA